AUGCAGAUGCUCACAAAGUUCGAGUCCAAGUCCAACAGGGUCAAGGGCAUCGCCUUCCAUCCACGGCUUCCUUUGUUGGCUGCUUCCCUUCACAACGGCUCUAUUCAGCUUUGGAACUACCAGACUGGUACCAUCUAUGACCGACUCGAGGAGCACGAUGGUCCGGUUCGAGGUAUCUGCUUCCACCCUUCCCAGCCCCUUCUAGUCAGUGGUGGUGACGAUUACAAGAUCAAAGUGUGGAACCACAAAACUCGUAAGUGUCUCUUUACCCUCAACGGCCAUCUCGACUACGUCCGCACCGUCUUCUUCCACCAUGAACACCCUUGGAUACUCAGUGCCUCCGACGAUCAGACCAUUCGCAUCUGGAAUUGGCAGAGCAGAACGUGCAUCGCCAUCCUCACCGGUCACAACCACUACGUUAUGUGUGCACAGUUCCACCCCAAAGAGGACCUCGUUGUUUCAGCUUCCAUGGACCAGACUGUUCGCGUGUGGGACAUCAGCGGUCUUCGCAAGAAGAACACUUCGGCCCAGCCCAUGAGCAUCGAGGAGCAGAUCGCGCGUGCCAACAGCGGACAGGCUGACCUCUUUGGUAACACCGAUGCUAUGGUCAAGUACGUUCUCGAAGGUCAUGACCGUGGAGUCAAUUGGGCCUCGUUCCACCCAACUCUGCCUCUCAUCGUCUCGGCUGGUGACGAUCGUCAGAUCAAGCUUUGGAGAAUGUCAGACACCAAAGCCUGGGAGGUCGACACCUGCCGUGGUCACUUUAACAACGUCUCCUGCGCUCUCUUCCACCCUCGUCACGAGCUCAUCAUUUCCGAUGCCGAGGACAAGACCAUUCGUGUUUGGGACAUGGGCAAGCGUACUGCCGUCCAGACCUUCCGCAGAGAGAGCGAUCGCUUUUGGGUGCUUACUGCUCACCCCACCCUCAACCUCUUCGCUGCCGGUCACGACAAUGGUCUUAUCGUCUUCAAACUUGAGCGCGAGCGCCCCGCCUUCUCAGUACACCAAAACACCCUUUACUACAUCCGCGACAAGCACGUCCGUUCGCUCGACUACGGUACUGGCGCCGACCAUGCCCUUCUCAGCGUAAAGCGUCUUGGCAACCAGUAUGUGCCUCCACGCACCCUCAGCUUCAACCCAGCAGAGCGCUCUGUCAUCGUCACUUCGGUGAACGGAGACCAGGGCACCUUCGAUGUGGCUCCUUUGCCUCGUGAGGCUGGCGCUGAUCUCGCCGAGUCGUCUAGCGUUGGCAAGCGUGGUCAGGGCUCCAGUGCCAUCUUUGUCGCCCGUAACCGUUUCGCCGUGCUCGACAAGGCUGCUCAGACCAUCGAGAUCCGUGACCUCAACAAUGCAGUGACCAAGACGAUCACUCCUCCCCAGCCUACCAACGAGAUCUUCUUCGGUGGUACCGCCAGUCUCAUCCUCAGCACUGCCACCGGUGUCAUCCUCUACGAUAUUCAGCAGCAAAAGACCCUCGUCGAACUCAUCAGUCCGCCCGUCAAGUACGUUGUCUGGAGCAUCGACGGCGGUAUGGUCGCCUUGCUCAGCAAGCACACCAUCGCCCUCGCCGACAAAUCCUUUUCCUCUAGCAACCUCAUUCACGAGACCAUUCGCAUCAAGAGCGCUGCUUGGGAUGAGAGCGGUGUUUUGCUGUACAGCACCCUCAACCACAUCAAGUACGCUCUGCCCCAGGGAGACAAUGGUAUCAUCAAGACGCUCGAGCAGCCCGUCUACCUUACUCGCGUCAAGGGUAAGACCGUUUCCUGCCUCGACCGAUCCGCUCGCCCUCAAAACAUCACCAUUGACCCCACCGAGUUCCGCUUCAAGCUAGCCCUCGUCCAGGGCAAGUACGACGAUGUGUUGACCAUUAUCAAGAACAGCAACCUCGUUGGUCAGGCCAUCAUUGCUUUCCUCCAGAAAAAGGGCUACCCCGAGAUCGCGCUCCACUUUGUCCAGGACAAGAGCACCCGAUUCGACCUCGCCAUCGAGUGCGGCAACUUGGAUGUUGCCCUGGAGACCGCCGAGUCGCUCAACGUCGACGAGGUGUGGGAGCGUCUUGCUACUGCUGCCCUCCGUCAAGGCAACCACAAGAUUGUCGAGCGUGCUUACCAGCGUACCAAGAGUUUCGACAAGCUCAGCUUCCUCUACCUCAUUACUGGCAACACCGAGAAGCUCGCCAAAAUGUCGGUCAUUGCUGAUAAGCGUGGCGACCACCUCAGCCGCUUCCAUAAUGCGCUCUAUCUGGGUAACGCCGAGGCGCGCGCCAAUGUGCUUUCGGAUGUCGGUUUGCCAGCGCUCGCUUAUGCCGCUGCCAAGUCGAACUGCCUCGAUGGCAAGGCUGCAGCCAUCGCAGCGCAAGCAGGGAUGGAAGAGGAAGCAGCAGAGGUCGACCGCCAGCUCAGCUUGGGUGAGGGUACUUCCAAGUUGGCUCCUCCUACGGCCGUCUCCCAGGCUUUCCAGUACAACUGGCCCAUCUUGAGCAGCGAGCAGAGCUACUUCGACCGUGCGCUCGUCGCUGGCAACCAAGGUGGUCCCAUCUUCAAGGACAAUGCUCUCAAUGGCAAGACGCACGACAUCGAGUCUUGGCUUGAUGGCGAGGCACUCGAAGAGACCGACGAGGAGGACGAGGACGGUAUCGACGGUGCGCCCGAAGAUUUCGGCGAGGCUGAAGAGGCAUGGGACCUUGCUGAGGAGGAGGUGGCGCUGCCAGAAGAGGAGGCUGCUGUCCUUGCUCCUCUGCAAGAAACACCAUUGGAUGGCUUGAGUGCAGGCAGUUCUGAAUCCGAGCACUGGCUUCGCAACUCGGCUGUCGCCGCUGACCACGCUGCCGCUGGAUCUUUCGAGACGGCUAUGACGCUUCUUUCGCGGCAGGCAGGUAUUGUAGACUUUGCACCGCUCAAGCCUCUCUUCAUGUCUUCCUACCUGGCUGCUCGCAACUACCUUCCUGCUGCUCCAAGUGCUGGUCCCAUCGAGGUGCAUCUCCGCCGCAACAAUGAGGAGAGCGACGGCAAGGUGACCAAGUCUCACCCUGCUUCACCCCGAUCCGUCAAGUCGCUCGCUUCGGGCGAUCUGCAGGAAGGCUACCGCGCUGUCAGCGCAAACAAGCUCGCUGAGGCCGAAAGCAUCUUCCGACGUCUCCUUCAUCAGCUUGUCCUCACACCCGCAGCCACCGAAGCAGAGGCCACCGAGAUCCAAGACCUCGUCGUUCUCUGCCGAGAGUACAUCCUCGGUAUCUCAAUCGAACUCAGCAGACGUAAACUGAUCGCUUCGGAACCUGACAAUGUUGCACGCAACCUAGAGCUUGCUGCCCUCUUCACCCAUGCUCAGUUGCAGCCUCAGCACCAGACGUUGGCAUUGCGAAGUGCAAUGACCGAAGCUCGAAAGGUCAACAACUACGCUAUGGCAGCCAGCUUUGCCAAGCGUUUGAUGGACUUGGCUCCUGCACCCGCGGUUGCACAAAAGGCACAGCAGAUCAUCUCGUUGGCUGAGAGGAGUCCGCGUGAUGCUGUAGAUGUGCCAGGGUACAAUGCAUUGGAUCAGAGCUUUGUCAUCUGUGCUGGCUCGCACAAGUUGAUCUCCGCUGGUGGAGCUGGUGCUGUCUUGGACCCAUUGACGGGGGCAAAGUAUUUGCCAGAGUUCAAGGGAACACUGUGCAAGGUUACUCAGAUAUCAGAGGUUGGACGAUUGGGAUCUGGCUUGCGCAGUUACGCCGCGUAA